AUGCUUGCAGCAAGAGCGUGCUUCAAAUGCCUGAAGCUGAACCACGACGCCAAACACUGCAGAGAGGGCCCCAAGACGAAAUGCCGAUACUGCAACGCAUCACACUACGCCAUCAUCUGCCCGAAGGCCUUCAAGAACCAGGCUGGGAAGCCACAACGAAGCGUGUCGACGAACAUCAACGUUGACUCACUCGAGACAGACGUGCUCUCAACUGACGGGACGGUUCUACUCUGCAAAAUAUGCGAGAAGGAGAUAUCGUCGGACAAGAAGUUUUUGGUGUCGCAACACAUUAGUAGUGUGAAGCACAAAAGUUUGGCCGAGAGAAAGAAACAAUCAGCCUCACCGAGUCUCAUCCAGAUGAGACCCUUCCUAGAAGCGUCUGGGAAGCAAAGUCAAUUCUACGUUGAUCUUUGCGAUGCUUUCGUAUCUGCUGGAAUUCCGCUUCGCAAGUUAGACAGCGAGAAGUUCAGUUACUUCCUCGAGAAGUACUGUGGGCAGCAGGUUCCAUCGUCCGUGACACUCCGCUUGCACUACCUGAAGAAUAUAUAUGAGAAGAAGCUCGAAUUCAUUCGGCGCUGUGUAUCCGAUAAACCUAUUUGGGUUUCUAUAGAUGAAACCACCGAUGCCACCGGCAGAUACGUGGCUAACACAGUAAUCGGCCUUCUCACAGCGACGGAAAAUAGGAGCUUCCUACUGCACGCGGAGGAUUUGGAGAGGACAAACAGUUCUACCGUUGCUCAGGCGUUUAUGAAUGCCCUGAGCAUAUUGUGGCCUGGCGGAGUGAAACACGAAAGGGUGCUCCUCUUCGUGACAGACGCUGCACCCUACAUGACAAAAGCAGGCAAAGCACUGAAGGUCAUCUUUCCACGCAUGAUACACGUGACUUGCGUGGUGCACGCGCUUCACAGGGUCGCCGAGGAA